CGACCUGAACCUCAGCAGGUCAGGAGCCCAGAGGGAGCUGUUGUUACACCUGAAUUCCCCCCAACAGCAUCGACUUUAUCUGAUGAGACGCCAUCAGCUGACCGACAGGUUCACCAAGAGAAGAAGGUAUAAAACCACAGCGUUCACUUUUCCACAGCAUCCUCCUUCCAGUAGGUGCUACUGCUCUGCUGCUACUGCUCUGCUGCUACUGCUCUGCUGCUACUGCUCUGCUGCUACUGCUCUGCUGCUACUGCUCUGCUGCUACUGCUCUGCUGCUUGGAUCAAACAUCACAGCAAGAUGUCUUCAGCCCUGCUCUUCAUGUUGCUCCUCUCUGGACUGGGGAUCGGAGGAAAUAURUUUAGCGAUGCAGGUCCAGUUAUUUGUCCCCCCGGGCCCCCGUGUGUCCCAACUCGCUGUCCUGUCGGCUGGACUCUGUAUGCAGGACAGUGUUACCUGUUUAGAUCAACUGCAAAAUCCUGGGCUAAUGCUGAGGCGUACUGCAAUGUGUUUGAUGCACACCUGACCUCCAUUCAGGGACCGGCUCAGUACAGCUUCAUCAGGAAGCUCAUCGUGAAAGCCACAGGAGUCAACACCAGAACCUGGGUUGGAGGCACCAAUGCUGGUGGUGACUACUGGAGGUGGGUCGAUGGUUCCCCCUUCACCUUCACUAACUGGGGUCCAGGAGAACCAAACAACUUGGGUGGAAAUGAGCACUGCAUGGAUAUCAACCUGAGAGGACAAGAUUACGUCAACGAUGAAAACUGUGACACAAAAAGUGCUUUCAUUUGCGCCAAGGACUUCUUGCCUGUGUUGCCUUGAGAUGUCUGACACGAUGAUGUCACUUCCUGCAGGAGGUCAGGCCUCGAAGACGUUUCUUCUGGAAGACAAAUGGUCAAAUCUGAUGACAAAGUCAGAUAAUAAACAUGAAAAAAUGUGUCUUCUAAAAA